AUAAAAAAUCAGAACUGAAUACUAUAGACCGAUCAACAGACACAUAUACAUAAUCUUUACACUAAAAAGUGAAAGUGAAAGAUUGAAUUGGUCAUGGCGGUGGUUACCAGUAAAGGGCUUGCGCUUCACGCAAGGAUCGAGAUACCGUAGGCGGCGAGACUUGCCGGACCGCUCGGGUAUUCCUCGGGCGAUCAAGCUCUAAUUCCUCACCCUGAACUUGCUCAUGAGUCGACUCAGAACCGCGGUGGGCUUUACUAGUAUUGCCGCCACCAGUCCCGUCUCCGUUGCCACGGUGUUCUAGCACUACAUCGCCGCCAUCGGCAUCACCGGAAGGUCCUUCGUGGUCGGCGGCGGCGUCGAGGAGUGUUAAGUCGUUUGGGUCCUCUUCCUUCAUCUUGGUUUCUCUCUCCAGUCUUUUCGUUUUCGUCACCUUCUCUCUCUACAAAUGCAACCGAUCUGGGUGAGCCAACCUUGACGAGGAUGAUAACCGAUCUGGGUUUUUGGAAAGAGCGGACAAAGUCACAUGGAAUGUAGUGGCUGGUCAAGGGGAGGUUGCCUUCGCGGUGGGCUCGAUCUAGGGUUUCAUUGACCUUGGAGAUGGUCCAAUUGUAGACGGAGAUGGGAAGCCUUUUUCGGCGGUUGCCUUCGCAAAGAGUGUAGAGGGCAGUUUAGGAAUCAAAAGAUAAUCUCUCGUGAUUAUUUUUUAACAUUCCAUUAAUUUAUGUUCUCGUGAUUAUUUAUAUUUACUAUUUUUAUUAUAAUUUUUUAAGAAAUAAAUCAAAAAAUACCUAAACACCCUACAAACCAAGGAACCAACUAACAGGUAGUUAUGGAGCCCACGUGUAAUAUGUAUGGAGUGUGUAUUCUUUUUGCAUAGUCGAAAGACUCCAAACAAUUAGUCCCAAAUUCUAGGGCUUUUUCGAUUGCUCUCACGCUGCUUCCAGUUUGUUUCGAUUCGUCGUAUGGGUCUCUUGCAGUUUCAACUACUGCUUAGUCUUUCUUGAGAUUCGUUCCUCGUCAAUAGCGCUCUUCAAACGAUUAGGUUUCGCAACUUGCUCUCUCCCCCAUUUCGUUUUUUUGUUGAUGAAACAUUUGAACGUAGACCUGUUCGAUCCUCAAACAACCAUGGAUUCGGACUUCUCUCCUGGCAGUGGGCGAUGUGAGUCGGGUUCUGAUUCGGAUUUCGCCUUCGCUUUCAACGACAGCAACUUCUCUGAUCGGGUUCUGAAAAUCGAGGUUGUGGCUGAUUUGCCCGAUACUAAAUCAGACGGCGACGGAGGUUGUAACACUAUCGCCGACUGGGCCCGAAAUCGGAAGCGAAGGAGAGAGGAAAUCAAGAAAGAAACUGCUGUAGAUAUGCUCUUGCACCAUGAUGAGCAGAUUUUGAGCUGUAACAUGCCGGACACAGAGGAUGGUGUUGUCUAUGAAAAUCAAGAUGAGGAAGUUGUUGCAAUGAUAGAGGAAUCACCCUCAGUUGUGGGAAUGAAUAUGAAUCAAGUUGGUGAUGAAGCUGUUCAGAGCACUGAUCCAUCGUGGAGUAUGGACUGUUCAACAGUUCUUCGAGUCAAGACUAUACACAUUAGCUCUCCAAUUCUGGCAGCAAAGAGUCCAUUUUUUUACAAGCUGUUUUCGAAUGGGAUGAGGGAGUCAGAGCAGCGACAUGUAACUCUACGAAUCCAUGCCUCUGAAGAAGCUGCCCUCAUGGAACUCCUGAAUUUUAUGUAUAGUAACACUUUAUCAACAACCACGCCUUCUGCUUUGCUGGAUGUGCUGAUGGCUGCGGACAAGUUCGAAGUUGCUUCAUGCAUGAGAUACUGCAGCCGGUUAUUGCGAAACUUGCCAAUGACUUGCGAGUCUGCCUUGCUCUAUUUGGAUCUCCCUUAUAGUGUUUUAAUGGCUGAUGCAGUUCAGCCACUGACAGAUGCGGCGAAGCAGUUUCUUGCUGCACGUUACAAGGACAUAACUAAGUUCCAAGAGGAGGUAUUGAACUUGCCUUUAGCCGGAAUUGAAGCGGUACUAUCCAGUGAUGAUCUACAGGUGGCUUCAGAGGAUGCUGUUUAUGAUUUUGUGCUAAAGUGGGCCCGCAGUCAUUACCCAAAACUGGAGGAACGGCGAGAAGUCCUAGGCUCACGUCUUGGUCGUCUUAUCCGUUUCCCAUACAUGACUUGCAGAAAACUGAAGAAAGUUCUAACGUGCAAUGACUUUGAUCCUGAACUUUCAUCUAAGGUUGUCCUUGAGGCUCUUUUUUUUAAGGCCGAGGCACCAUAUCGGCAGCGAUCCCUUGCUGCAGAGGAGGCUAAUGCCACAUUUCGUCGGUUUGUAGAGCGGUCAUACAAGUACCGUCCAGUUAAGGUGGUGGAGUUUGAACUGCCUCGUCAGCAGUGUAUUGUGUACCUAGACCUGAGACGGGAGGAGUGUGCACAUCUGUUUCCAUCUGGCCGGGUCUACUCACAGGCUUUCCAUCUUGGUGGGCAGGGGUUUUUCCUGUCUGCCCACUGCAACAUGGACCAACAAAGCUCAUUUCAUUGCUUUGGGCUGUUUCUAGGAAUGCAAGAGAAGGGAUCAGUGUCUUUUGCAGUUGACUAUGAGUUUGCAGCGAGGUCAAAGCCGGCUGAAGAGUAUGCGAGCAAGUAUAAAGGAAACUACACAUUUACUGGAGGAAAAGCUGUUGGGUAUAGGAACCUGUUUGGUAUACCUUGGACUGCUUUCAUGGCUGAGGAUAGCCUUUAUUUCAUCAAUGGUAUCCUCCAUCUCAGGGCUGAGCUUACCAUCAGGCAAUGAGUCUUCUCCAAAGACUUGUCUCACGGAGCUUUCAUUUAUGUUUCUUUGUUUAACAUUGCUCUUAGUUCUUAGAUGACAGGAUGUGGAGUAGGUACAAUUUGUCUUGCAGGCUCGAUGAUUAGGGUUAAUAGUAGGGAUUCGGGGUCAGAUGGGAUCCUAAGCUACUUGAAAUGAAUGCUUUUGUAUUAAGCCAUUGUGUAUAUAACAUAUAUAUAUAUAUAUAUAUAUAUAUAUAUAUAUAUAUAUAUAUAUAUAUGUACUUGCAUGUCAUCUUUGUACCUCAUAUUACACAUUUCCAUCUGAAUCAAAAACUGGUUUAUAUUGUGUG